AUGGCUGCUCUUGAGAAACAUCCAGACCCAAGGCUCCAGCAGAACAAUCCUUUGGAUCCCAGCAAGAAUAAUUUCCUGGAGACUGACUGGAAGACUCCUGUGCUGUCUGGGAAGUUCCAGAGCCGCAUCGGCCGCUGCUCAAGCGUGGCUGACAGUGGGGAUGGGGGCAUUGGCACCUCCUGCUCGGGCAGCACAGAAGACUUUUGCAAUUCCAGUAACGGUUCCUCAUUCCAGCCCAUCAAAACCCAAGUGACCAUCCCAACAGCCCAUGUUAUGCCUUCUACUUUGGGUGCAUCACCCUCCAAGCUGUGCUCUGCAGGAGACCAGAGCUCUUCACAGAGUACCUCAAAGCCUGCUAUGCCAGGUUCUGCUUCUGAACAGGCAGGGCCCCUGAGAAACGGGGAUUUUAAUGCUGGGAAGUCUUCUCAGGUGCCUCCCAGGGAUCUUCUGCGUCACUACAGGACUGCAGCAGAAAAUGGUUUUGAGCAAGCCUGGCAUCCUGUCUCUGAUCACAUGAGAACAGAAGAGACUUGGAAGUUUGACACCCCUGCCAUUGAACGCACCCUGAACCAGUCUCUCUUUCUGGAUAGCUUGUGCACUGACCCCCUGCACAGGUUGCAGAAGUCCCACCCGACCUCUGGGGCAGCUGAGGCAGGGAGGGACCGUUACAAGGUGCUGCCCGAGACCAAGCGGGCGGCGGGGGCUGAUGGAGCCUGUGAGCCCCCGGGGGGAGCCUGGCCCAGUGGGAGCACGAGGAUGCCAACGGGCCUCCAGGCCAACAAUUUAUUCUCAAAACCUCUAAGUCCUUCCUCCCGAGCCUGGCUGCCAGAGGGCUGCACGAUGCACCCACACGAGAGGGUCUGUGAGCUCAGUGCUUGGAAACAACAGCUGGAGAAAGCGCGACUGCAGAUGGAGCAAAUGCAGUUACAAAAUGGAGGUGCCUGCCCCCAUCCCUCGAUGUAUUCUCCUCCACUGCCUCCCCUUGAUCCAGCCCAGUGGAUCAAUAUCCUGAAUUCCAAUGAAAACCUACUCAAGGAGAAGGAGCUUCUCAUUGACAGACAAAGACAACACAUAUCCCAGUUGGAGCAGAAGGUCCGGGAAAGUGAGCUGCAGGUUCACAGUGCCCUGCUUGGCUGUCCAGCAUCCUAUGGAGAUGUCUACAUGUUGAGAAUGCAGGAGCUGCAGCGGGAGAACACGUUCCUUCGAGCUCAGUUCACAGAGAAGACUGAGUCCCUCAGUAAGGAGAAGAUUGAACUGGAGAGAAAACUGGCUGCUGCAGAGGUGGAUGCAAAGCUGAUCCGGGAGUCGCUGAAGGAAACGAUGCAGAAACAUGCAGAGGAGCUAAAGAAGCAGGAAGAAAGGAUAAAGGGAAGAGACAAACAUAUUAAUAAUCUUAAAAAGAAAUGCCAGAAGGAAUCUGAACAAAACAAGGAGAGACAACAGAGAAUUGAGACCCUGGAACGAUACCUGGCUGACUUACCAACUCUUGAGGACCACCAGAAACAGAGUGAGAAGCUGAAGGAAUCUGAACUGAAGAGUUCUGCUAUGCAGGAAACAGUGCUGGCACUGGAAACAGAGCUUGGAGCUGUCCGAGCUGCUUUCAGGGAGCAAGAGAUGCAGCUAGAAACCCAAAAACACAAGGAGCAGGAGCUUCUUUCCACUGUACGCAGCUUGCAGGACAAGGUGCAGCAGUGUCUAAAGAAUGCAGAGAGAGGAACCCCUGCCCAGGAUGGGGAGAGACAGAAAAUAGAAAAUGACUCUCUGAAGAAAGAAUGUGACUGCCUCAGGAAGAUCGUGGACAAACAGCAGAAGAAGAUGGAGCAGUUAUCCUUGCAAGUAAAGAACCUGGAAGAGCAGGUGGCCCAGGAGGAGGGGACAGGCCAGGCUCUGAAAGAGGAGGCGGUGAGAAGAGAAAACGCACUGCAGCAGCUCCGGACGGCUGUGAAAGAGGUCAGAGCAGAGCAGCUGAAUGAACAAAGGAUUGUCUUUUAGCAAGGCACUUCAUUUGCAGUCAGCAGCACAACUUCUCCUCCUUCCGCCGACACGGCCCGCCUCGCCCAGGAGCUGCACUGCCAGCUGGCCAGCUGCCUGCAGGACCUGCAGGCCGUCUACAGCAUUGUCACCCAGAGGGCUCAGGGCAAGGAUCCCAACCUCUCCCUGCUCCUGGGCAUUCACUCUGUGCAGCACUCAGUGAAGGAGAAGGAUGACCUGCUGAGUCCUGAUGGACUUGCAAAGAAACUGGUGGAGGUAAAGCAGCUUCACAAAGAGGUGGAGGAUUUAAGGACGGCGAUAUCUGACAGAUACGCUCAGGACAUGGGAGACAACUGCAUCACCCAGUAA